GAUAUUGUGUAAAUUUUGCACAACUUCACGCACGUGAGAAGUUCAUAAACGUAAGUUUUAGUAGUAAUUGUUAAUUUUUGCUAUUAAAUUCGGCUCAAUUUAACAACUUUCACCUCAAAGUUAAUAUUUCUCUUAAUUUUAAUGUACUUGUUUGACAAAAUUAUAAGAUUUUAACUCAUAUUUUCAUUACCUACUUUAUCGGUCAGAUGGUUCGCAAAAAAUUAGACAACCGCAUUCGAGUUCUUAUUGAAAAUGGAGUUAGAACGGGACAUCGGUCUAUGUUCGUUAUUGUUGGUGAUAAAGCGAAGGAUCAAGUUGUUAUUUUGCAUCAUAUGUUAUCGAAAUCGGUCAUAAAAGCUCGCCCAUCAGUUCUAUGGUGCUACAAGAAAGAUUUAGGAUUCAGUAGUCAUCGUAAAAAGCGAAUGAAGCAAAUUCAGAAAAAGAUAAGAAGUGGAAAAUUGGAUGUUAAAGAGGAUGAUCCUUUUGAAUUGUUUGUUGCGGCUACAAAUAUCCGCUAUUGUUAUUACAAUGAAACGCAUAAAGUCCUAGGUAACACUUAUGGUAUGUGUAUUCUACAAGAUUUUGAAGCAAUAAGUCCAAAUUUAAUGGCUAGAACAAUUGAAACGGUAGAAGGAGGAGGUUUAAUAGUUUUCCUCAUGAAAAGUGUUAAGUCUCUAAAGCAAUUAUACUCAAUGACAAUGGAUGUUCACGCAAGGUUUAGAACCGAUGCUCAUCAAGAUGUUGUUGGUCGAUUUAAUGAGCGCUUUAUACUUUCCUUAGGUUCAUGCCAAAAUUGCAUGGUUGUUGAUGAUGAUUUAAAUAUUCUACCUAUCUCAUUGCACACUCUUAACAUAGAAGCAAUUCCUCCCCAACCAAUAGCAGAAAAUGAGGAACUUAAAGAAUUAAAAAGUUCUAUGUCUGACACACCUCAUGUUUCCGCUAUUGUAAAUUGCUGUAAGACACUGGAUCAAGCAAAAUCUGUCUUAAAAUUCAUCGAUGCAAUCUGUGAGAAAACUCUAAAAAAUACUGUAACAAUGACCGCAGCAAGAGGUCGAGGAAAGUCAGCAGCUUUAGGAUUAUCUCUCGCCACAGCUGUUGCGUACGGCUACUCUAAUAUUUUCGUAACUGCUCCUUCCCCCGAGAAUCUAAAAACUUUGUUUCAGUUCGUCUUGAAAGGUUUUGAUGCUCUAAAAUAUGAAGAACACACCGACUAUGAAUUAAUCGAAUCGACAAACCCAGAUUUAAACAAAGCAAUAGUACGAAUUAAUGUAACUCGAGAACAUCGUCAAACAAUUCAGUAUAUUCACCCAACGGAUGCUCAUAAACUCAGUCAGGCUGAAUUGGUGGCUAUUGAUGAGGCAGCCGCCAUCCCUCUUCCAUUGGUAAAGGAUAUGUUGGGUCCUUAUUUAGUUUUACUCUCAUCAACAAUAAACGGUUAUGAGGGUACUGGUCGUUCACUUUCCUUAAAAUUAAUUAAUCAGUUGAGAACUGGGAAUACUGAAGAAGUAGGUGCAAGGAAGCUGACAGAAAUCGAAUUAAAUGAGAGUAUUCGUUAUGCAAAUGCUGACCCUAUUGAAGGAUGGUUGAAUAAUUUACUUUGCUUGGAUGCAUCAAAUGUAGCACCUAUCCUUUCCGGAUGUCCUCUACCAGAAGCUUGUAAUCUAUAUUAUGUCAACCGCGAUACUUUAUUCAGUUAUCAUAAGGCUUCUGAAGCGUUUCUUCAUCGAUUGAUGGCUUUAUAUGUGUCAAGCCACUACAAAAAUUCUCCUAAUGAUUUGCAAUUACUCUCAGAUGCCCCAGCUCAUCAUAUCUUUGUUCUUUUACCACCAACAAAGAAUAAAGGGGCUAUUCCAGAAAUUUUAUGCGUUUUGCAAGUAUGCUUAGAAGGAGAUAUUUCGAAAAAGGUUGCCUUGAAUACUUUGAGGAGAGGCGAUCGGCCUUCUGGUGAUUUAAUUCCCUGGACCAUAUCUCAACAAUUUACAGACGAAAAUUUCCCAUUACUAUCUGGAGCACGAGUUGUAAGAAUAGCUACCCACCCGAGUUACCAAAAGAUGGGAUACGGUACAAGAGCUUUACAACUCUUAGAGUUAUAUUACAAAGGGUCCUUUACAUCUCUUGACGAUCCAUGUGAAGACAGCGAUAAGAAUGAAGAUGUGGAAGGUUCAGAUAAUGAUAUGGAUGACAGUGCUGACAUAAUUUUACAGGAAGAAACUUUAGCUCCUAAGAAAAAGCUGAAGCCUCUAUUAGCCGAAUUAAGUGAAAGAAAAGCGGAAAAGUUGGAUUACUUAGGGGUGUCUUUUGGAAUCACAUCCGAAUUGUAUAGAUUUUGGAAGAAGAGUGGAUUUGCUCCAGUUUACAUAAGACAAACUUCUAAUGAACUAACUGGUGAACAUUCCUGUAUAAUGUUGAAAGUAUUGGAACUUGCUGAAGAGAAGUCCUCGAUAUGGUUAGACCAAUAUUUCUUAGAUUUCCAAAAACGUUUCAUUUGUUUACUUGGAUAUGAUUUUAGAAAAUUUACAUGUUCUAUGGCUUUGAAUAUCCUUCAAAGGAAAACUAAAAUAGAACAGAAAAAAUUGCCAAAAAAUGAAUUGGAAUAUUAUGUAACUUCUCAUGAUCUUGGUCGAUUAGAAACCUAUUCAAGAAAUUUGGCUGAUUACCACCUUAUAACAGAUUUAUUACCAGCUCUAUCAAGAUUACACAUUCAGAAUAAGCUUGUUAUAUCUGGAUUAAAUAGUUUACAAUCAGCUAUUCUCGUUGGCAUGGGUUUACAAUACAAGAAAGUUGAUGAUUUAGAAAAGGAAUUAAAAAUACCCGGUUCUCAAGUCCUAGGUCUGUUUGCUCGUGUUGUAAAGAAGAUCGUUAAAAGUUUACACGAAACCUUGGAAAAAGAAUAUAAAAUAGAAGAUGAAACUAUAGAAGAUAAAAAGGUAACUGAAGAAGAUAAAGAACUAUUACAAAGCGACUUGAAAGAAUUUCAUAUUGCUACAAAAGAGGACGAAUGGAUGAAUGACGCAAUGGAAAAAGCCGCCAAAUCUGGUGGUAUCUUAUCCGUUAAGGGGAAAUUUGAAAAGAGUAAGAGAAAAGUUGAAGAAAACUCUGAUAAGAAGCAUAAAAAGAAAUUCAAGAAAUCUAAAACAAAGCACUAA